AUGGAGGUGAAUUGUUUAACACUAAAAGACUUGAUCAGCCCCAGACAGGCCAGACUAGAUUUUGCCGUUGAAGAUGCAGAAAAUGCACAAAAGGAAAAUAUAUUUGUUGAUCGAUCAAGGAUGACCCCAAAGACUCCGAUGAAAAACGAACCGAUUGAUCUGUCCAAGCAGAGAAUCUUUACCCCAGAAAGAAGUCCCAUUACUCCAGUAAAGCCGGUCGACAGGCAACAGCAGGUGGAACCAUGGACGCCCACGGCCAACCUCAAGAUGCUCAUCAGCGCUGCCAGCCCAGACAUUAGAGACCGGGAGAAGAAAAAGGGGCUAUUCAGACCCAUUGAGAAUAAAGAGGAUGCGUUUGUGAACUCCCUGCAGCUCGAUGUCGUUGGUGAUGGUUCUGUGGACGACUAUGAAAAGCAAAGGCCAAGCAGAAAACAGAAGAGCUUAGGACUGCUGUGCCAGAAGUUUCUGGCUCGCUAUCCAAGUUACCCCCUGUCGACUGAGAAAACCACCAUCUCCCUGGAUGAAGUCGCCGUCAGCCUCGGUGUGGAAAGGAGACGCAUCUACGACAUCGUGAACGUGCUGGAGUCGCUGCAUCUGGUCAGCCGGGUGGCUAAGAAUCAGUACGGUUGGCAUGGUCGGCACAGCCUGCCUAAAACCCUGAGGACACUGCAGAGACUGGGAGAGGAGCAGAAGUACGAAGAGCAGAUGGCCUGCCUCCAGCAGAAGGAGCUGGACCUGGUGGAUUACCGCUUUGGAGAACGCAGGAAAGAGGGCUCCCCGGAUCCCCAAGAUCAACACCUGCUCGAUUUUUCCGAACCCGACUACCCUUCCUCAUCUGCCAACAGUCGGAAAGAUAAAUCUCUAAGAAUUAUGAGCCAGAAGUUUGUCAUGCUCUUCCUCGUCUCCAAAACCAAGAUUGUUACCCUGGACGUGGCUGCCAAAAUCCUCAUAGAAGAAAGCCAAGACACCCCAGACCACAGUAAAUUCAAAACAAAGGUACGGCGACUCUACGACAUAGCCAAUGUGCUGACCAGCUUGGCUCUGAUAAAGAAAGUCCACGUCACGGAAGAGCGAGGCCGGAAACCAGCCUUCAAGUGGAUCGGGCCCGUGGACUUCAGCGCCAUCGACGAAGAACUGUUGGAUGUCUCGGCAUCUGUCUUACCGGAAUGGAAGAAAGAAACAUACGGCCAGAUCCGAGUAUGCGCCAAGCCGCGGCUGGCCCGGCACGGUUCCUUCAACGCGGUUCAGACAUCCGAGAAGAUCGAGAGGAAAACGAGCUCAGAACCCAGCAGCCCACGGGGAGGAAAACAAGGAUCAGCCUAUUCCCUAGAAAUUGGAAGCCUGGCAGCCAUCUACAGACAGAAAGUGGAAGAUAAUUCACAGGGGGAAGCCUUGGCCAGUAAGAGAGUGGUGCCUCCAGCGAGCACCUCGGACCCUGCCCGCCCCGCCGACGCAGAAUACCGCGUCAAGCCGUUAGCCCACCCGGUCUUUUCCGUUGCUCAGACAGAUCUGCAGGCUUUCUCCACGCAGAGCGGUCUACACGGACAAGUGGGCGGCCCCCUUCCUUCCGCAGCCUCUGAUGCGGAGAGCCUGAAGCCUGCUCUGCUGGCCGGCCAGCCCCUGGUGUAUCUGCCCUCCUCCCUGUUCAUGCUGUGUGGGAGCCUGCAGGAGGGACUGUCCCCAGGGUCAAGAUCCAAGGAGGAUGGUGGCGCAGAAGUCCCAGCUGACCUGUCGCUGGCUCCCUCGGCUCAGAAGCGCCUGUGUGAGGAGAGGAGCCCCCGAGAAGAGGAUGAGCCCGCCAUGAAAAGACAGAGUCAGGAAUUUGAAGACGGCCCCUUAUCCUUAGUCAUGCCCAAGAGACCCUCAACUUCCACAGCCCUCGCCUCUCCUGUGACUACGGGCGAUGGGCGAGCCAGCCCCCUGGAAGACGCCUGUGUAAAAGGUCAGCUCCCUGCGGCUGCUGCGGAAGACGUUUCAGGCAGGGCUGUGGCCAACGGCUGCUUCCUGGCUUCUGAAUGUGGAAACCCGCUGAGAAAUCCAGACGCUGAAAAGUCUUCAAACGAAAAGGGGAUCACCAAAGACUCCUCGCUGCCGCAGUAUCUGUAUGUGCAGUCUCCAGCAGGGUUAAAUGGUUUCAACAUGCUCCUGUCAGGCAGUCAAACCCCCCACGCUGUGGGGCCGUCCUCGGGUCCGCUGCCAUCCUUCGGCGUGCCCUGCAUGUUCCUGCCAUCUCCAAGCUUGGCCCCCUUUCCGGUUCUCUACUCUCCCGCCAUACCCGGGCCCCUGUCUUCGGCUCCUGGCACUCUCCCCAACCCCGGACCCAUGAAUUUUGGCUUGUCCACCCUGGGAUCGACCGCUCACCUUCUCCUCAGCCCUGCGGCCGUGGUCAACCCGAAGUCGUCUAGCAGCAUCCCUUCCUCCGACCCUCAGCUCCAGUGCCCGCCCUCCCUAAACCUGAGUCCAGGGAUGCCAGGCUCCCACGGUGUCAUCCACCCCGAGUCCCCCGGUUACAUGAGACAGCCAGUAUCGAUGGUAAAUGUAGAACAGUCACCUGCACCAGCGACCCCCAAGAGCAUCCACCGGAGACACCGGGAGACAUUUUUCAAGACCCCUGGCAGCCUUGGAGACCCUGUCUUUAAGAAAAGAGAGAGGAGCCAAUCACGAAACACUAGCUCAGCCCAGAGACGGCUAGAAAUCUCGAACAGUGGGCCUGACUAACUUGAUGCUCCCUCGGUGGGUGGGGUAGCCGCCCGCACCCAAAGUUCCCUGUGUCCCAGACAAUGUCCCGAGGGGAACACAGGCCAUCCCCGUCCUUAGCUUGUGUCUUUGCUCUCUGGCAUCCACUGGUUCCGCUAACUUCCCAAUAUCAUGAGUCACCCUA